AUGGCACGAGUAUCCAAGCCUCCCGUCAAAGCCGCUUUCGAUCUACAAAGACUCGGUGUGAUGGACAACAGCCCUGCAGACCCUGCUCCAGUAAGGACCGAGAUUGUUCUUAUCGGCCUAGUCGCCGGGGUGGUCCCCGAAGAGGCGUUCGAUAUGCCGAAGCACAGCGAUCCCAUUCUGAUCAUCAUGGCCCUCCCGCUACAUGUUCCCCGUCAGACUAUACGGACGCCAUCGAAAGAUCCUUUUUUGGAUGAUAUGAUCGGCCUGGUCUCUCCUUUUGCGGGCGUCCACAAUCUUGAUCUCACACCGGAGUCUCCAUCAGACGCAACUGGAUCUGGUCAGACCUGGGGUCAACUUACGCCCAGUACAGAUGGGCCGUUUACGUCUGCAUCCGUUUCGAAUUCGGAUAGCUCUGCUGUUCGAGCCUAUCUAUGUGAAGACGACAUUAUCAAUGCCUACUAUAUCUACAUUCACCCAUAUAUACCCUUACUUCCAGCUCCAGAUAUGCCACUGCGUGAAGAUUGUCGUUGCCUGACUCGACUUUCAAAUGGCGCUAUGGAACCAACGAGAGCCGAUGUGCCCUACUGGCCAAAGUCAUCUCUAGGUCUCGCGUUGUCAGCAUUACUUGUCAUGAUACCCCUUUCACAAGAUCCUUCACCCAUGUCAGAUAUGGGCAUUUUAGUCCGACGCUCUUAUGCACAGCUUUUUGCGCAGGCCGCGCUAGAAUGCGUGGAAAGAGAUACCGAUGACCUGGGUCCAGGAUUGAAUUUUGCUACACCCGGUGCUCAAAUGUCCCAGGCAAAAUCGUCACUGCAUUCACAAUUACCCUCUCACCUCGAACCAACACUAGCUCUUGUCGUGCUUUCUAUAUAUGAGUACUGCCAGCGAGGUAAUGUGUCACGAAUGCGUGCUCGGAUCAAUCAAGCCAUCACUACAGCCAUGGACAUUUCUCUUCAUAAUCUAGGAACUUCAAACACAGCGCACUCAGAAGCACAAAGACGGACGUGGUGGAUUACGAUGUUUGUGGCUUACCUCUCAUCAAAUCUCCAUCUUGCACCACCCGUCGUUACGCUAGAUGAUCUACGAAUUACGACCCCUUUCCCACAAUUCAAUGUGGAGUUGGAGCCUUGGGAAUUUUUAAUGCAAGCCCAGAAGAAUCUCUUUGCGUCAAACCAGAUGAUCAACAGCAUCGAGCGUAUGGAUGAUACAGCUCAACCGGGUCGUAGCGAUCAAAUCAAGAGCCUUGACUUCCAGAUUGUGUCCCUGAUGACCGAAUCAGAUCGCAGUCUCCGAGUAACAUUUGGCCAACAAGCCGAAGCAUCAACCGCGGAAAAUAUGUGGAGAAUUGGUAGAAUUCUUAUAUUUACCGCUCGAACCCGCCUGCACCGUUUCAGAGCAUUUAUGAAUGUCCCCCUAUUCUUGGACAAAUAUUGUCACCUUCCGUCCAUAAACAGCAACGGUCUCUCCGAGCCUUCGCCGACGUGGGUUGCAGAUCGGGAAUCCUCGUUCCCAUUCACUGAACAAGAAUCCUCCAACAUCUGCCUCAAAGCGUCUCUGGUGGUUGCCACAGCUUUUCGUAACCUGCCAUACCCCAAUUUACAGGGCGAAUCUCGCGAAGAAGUGAGAACGAUACGCAGAACUCCGCAUACUAUACCAUUCUUUGCUUGUUGCGCGAUGCAAAGUUGUUAUACUCUCUUGAUGCUUUUGCAUCAAGUGCGCGCGUGUCUAGCGACGGAUCGUCUGGCAACUUGCUAUCACCUCUUCAACAAACCCAAACCUGCGACCGAAGUUUCUGAUGCAGAGCGAUUGACCGAGGAGCUUCGGCACGGGUAG